AUCUGACAAAUAGCCUGGCAAGAUUUUUGUGGAACUGCAUGGUGUACAAUUGAUACUUCCAAGGCACACUCGAGAAAUUUGAUGCAAGCUUUUUGCUCUCCAUUUAUCUAUGUUCUGCAAAUGGAAGUCGGUGGUGACGUUGUACUCAAUCUUCGCGCGACUUUGACCCCCAAACCAAGGCAACGGAGGAAGCGAGAUGGCGGCUCGACUCGUACAAUUAUUAGGUGUCACUUUUAUGACGAUCGUUGUAAUUAUCGUUGUUAGAACUGUUCAAUUUUCAUUCAUUAAGCAAGUAGACAAGCCAUGUAAAUCCAGCGACGAGGACUUCAUCAACGCUGAUGAUAAGAUUCUUGCACGAUUCAGUCAGGCGCUGCGGUUCAAGACUGUAUCAUGGAGAGAGGGAGUUUAUGACACAGAAGAACUUCUAAAAUGUCAACAAUUCCUGUUAAAAGAAUAUUCGUACGUCUUCAACCAUCCUUUAGUUGAUUAUGAAAUCAUUGCAAAUUAUAGCAUAAUAAUCCAUGUCAAGGGAAGUGACCCAAGCCUUCGACCAUAUAUGAUAGCCGCCCAUUUAGAUGUUGUUCCAGCCAGCAAUGACUCAUGGGAAGUCCCGCCAUUUGAUGGAAGGAUAAAAGAGGGAUACAUAUAUGGGCGUGGUACUCUUGAUGCUAAAAAUGGGCUCAUGGGAUCUAUUGAAGCACUGCAGUUUUUGCUUCAAAGAAAUUUCAAACCAAAGAGAGGAAUCUACUUCACAUACGGCCAUGAUGAAGAGGUUAAUGGUUUAUUUGGUGCAAGGGAGAUUGCUAAAGUUUUGAAAUCAAGAAACAUCACGUUUGAGUUCAUAAUUGAUGAAGGAACUGUCAUUGUAAAAGAUAUCUUCACUGGUGUGGAUAUUCCAUAUGCAUUGAUUGGUGUCGCAGAGAAGGGAUAUGUGGCAUUGGAGUUGAGUGUGAUGACAGCYGGAGGACAUUCAUCAAUGCCGCCUAGUGAAACCACUAUUGGUAUACUAGCUAGGGCGGUUUCUAGGUUAGAAUCAUGCCCAGUUCCUGCUAUUCUAGAUUCUAAUGGACCUGUAUAUGCCAUGUUUGAACAUGUAGCUCCAAAGAUAUCCAUUCCUAUUCGAGUUGUCCUGGCAAACUUAUGGCUUUUUAAACAUUUCCUUAUAAGCAUACUUUCCAGGAAGCCAUCCACUAAUGCUCUACUACGUACAACAACAGCACUCACUCGUUUUAAUGCAGGAAUAAAGGACAAUGUUAUUGCUCCUACUGCCACAGCUGUAGUUAACCAAAGGAUACACAUAGGAAACACUUUAGAAGAGAUACUGGAGCACAACAGGAAAUGUAUCAAUGAUGAUAGAGUAAAGUUCCAUAUGAAAGCAUUCAAUAAACCAUCUYCAGUGUCACCUUGGGGUAAAGAUGCCUUGGGUUAUCAGGUCAUUUCUGAAAGUAUACGACAAGUCUUUCCUGGAAUAGGUGUCGCGCCAAGUUUGCUGGCUGCUGGCACAGAUACCAAACACUAYGGGGACUUAACACCAUCUAUUUAUAGAUUUUAUCCUUCAGUUCUUGAACCAACAGAUUUAAAGAGAAUUCAUGGAUUCAAUGAGAGAAUAUCUGUUAAAAAUUAUGAGCAAACAAUUAAYUAUUUUUAUCAUCUGAUAAUUAAUGCUGACAAGAAAGCUCCGACAGGACCACAAAAAGAGGAAUUAUAGAUUUGAACUUUYUACAUAUACUCAAAUUAUGGAAAUGUGAAUAAUUUCUUGCAAUUUACAAUUUUAAAUAUAUUUGCAAGAACUUUGAAAAUAUUUAAUAAUUAUUUUAUUGAUUACACAAUAAUCCUAUACUGUACAGAUACAAUGUAUUCAUCAAUAACUUCAGUAUCAAGCCUUUUCAAAUCAAUGAAUUUUUAAAAUUUAUACUGCAUGCUGUCACAACUACAAAACAAGUUUUUCAAUUCAAAAUAUUUUAUUGAACACUUUAACUCAAGAUAGAGUGCCAAUUAACAUGUUAUUUUAGGAGAAAACCAUCUUAAUUUAUUAAAUAUAUUACGAUAUAUCCAUAACAUCAAUCAUUAAGUUUUCCUAGACCAUGAAUGUGAUGAUGCUAAAUCAGGCAGCUACAUCAGGAUAAAAUAAGAAUUUUGCUUGUUCUUUUGAGCUACAGAAUCCAUUAUUUAUCCCCAAAUGAAGCUGGCAUGUCAUUAACUUAACAGUGACCUCAGUUGACACUGAAUUGURCAAUGCACUUCAAUCACUUUAAAAUGUUUUUAAAAUAAAA